AGCCGACCCCCACAGAUUAACCAAUCUCACAGCAACCACAUUCUACUGCACAGCCCCACCGAGGAACACCAAUGGGCAACCACCAAGGUUCAUCAACUCAGUCGCGUAGGGGGACACACUCCAGUCGAUCCGGAUCACCAGUCUCCUCGAUCUCAUACGACUCAGCCGCCCGAACGCCGACGAAGAACCAGGGCAGUGGCAGCAGGCUAUUCAGCCCGUUCCGAAAGAAGGACACGUUACGCGGACUCAGUUCGCCGAUCUCGCUGCGUCUGCUCGGCUCAUCGGCAGCCUUGGAUGUGGGCGAGGGACCGAGGCGGGACGAGUUUUGGGCAGAUGGACAGUGGUGGAGGGGAGGGAGGGACGGCCGGCCAGCUGAGGGCCAGCGGGUCGAACGGAGCUACGCGGACCGGACGAUGAUCGACUGGGCGUACGAGGACCGGAAGGAACGCAAUCGACUUCAGAAACUCGAUCGACUGCCCGGCCUCCGCGGAAUCCUCGCCAGACUCGUCAACCUCACCUGGCCCUGGAUCGGUGUCAUCCUGGUCGGCGCCAUCGUCGGCCUCGUCGCCGGCUCCCUCGACACUCUCGCCCUCUGGCUCAGCGACCUCCGUGACGGGAAUUGUGACUACGCCUUCUACCUCAACAAGAACGCAUGCUGCUCAGGCUUGGAACCUCAUGAGAUCUGCUACGAAUGGAAAACUUGGCCUCAAGUCUUCAAGAUCUCAAGUGCGCCGAUUGCAUCCUUCUCACACUAUCUAGCAUACAUUACCAGCUCCGUCAUGUUUGCAGGCGUGGUUGCCUUUCUCGUCAAAUCCUUUGCACCAUUUGCAUUCCACACUGGAAUUCCUGAAAUUAAGGUGAUCCUGUCCGGAUACACAUUCCAACACUACUUGAGUGCCUGGACCUUGGUCAUCAAAGCCAUCGGCCUAGCAUUUGCGGUUGGCUCGGGCUUAUCGCUUGGAAAGGAAGGCCCAUUAGUUCAUGUGGCAUGUUGCGUCGCGAACCUGGUCCUCCAGAACUUCAAGGUCUUCCGGACUAACGAAGCCAGAAAACGCGAGAUGUUGUCCGCCGCGGCUGCAUCGGGUGUCAGUGUUGCCUUUGGAGCUCCGCUUGGGGGAGUACUUUUUGUCCUAGAGGAACUCUCAUUGGCUUCAUUGCCCCAACCGACCUUAUGGAGAGCGUUUGUGUGUGCAAUCGUGGCCACGAUGACCCUUCAAUCCUUCGACCCGUUCAACUCGGGCAAACUGGUGCUCUUCCAAGUUCAGAGUGUCGGGCAGGUAUGGCGGACAUUCGAGCUAAUCCCCUGGGUGUUUGUGGGACUCUGUGGCGGCCUCUUCGGGGCCACCUUCAUCCGAGCAAACAUCGAAUACGCUAAGAUCCGCAGGUCAUCUGGCUUGGCAGAUCACCCCAUCAAAGAAGUCCUGGCCGUCGCCGGCUUUACCGCCCUAGUUUCUUAUCUGCUAUUGAUCACCCGGUUGCCUACCUCUCAACUGGUGGAGGCGUUGUUUCAGGAAUGUGGUGCUAGUAAUUUGGACGUUUUUUCGUUUUGCGAUUCAAACCAAGUAUUCUCGACGGUGAUGUUGCUCUUGAUAGCGUCGGUAGCGAAAGCCGUGAUAACAUCGAUGACGUUUGGGAUCCAGGUACCGUCUGGGAUCUUUUUGCCAGCGAUCAGCAUCGGGGCUUGCUUCGGACGGGCAAUUGGAAUGGUGAUGCAUAGCUGGCAGCAGGCCUACCCAAGGUUCUGGCUCUUCGGCAGCUGUCCUCCGGAAGGCACCUGCAUCUCUCCUCAGGUUUAUGCUGUCAUCGGCGCCGCAUCCGCGGUUGGCGGCUUAACCAGAAUGACCGUCAGCUUGGUUGUCAUCAUCUUUGAAUUGACCGGCGCUGUCGAGCUCGUGUUGCAGAUCAUGAUGGCCGUGAUGAUUUCAAAAUUCACUGCUGACUACUUUUCGACCGAUGGGAUCUACGAAGCUUGGAUUCACUUUCGGGGGUAUCCUUACUUAAGUCCCAAAGAAGACUUCCAACCUGAAGGAGUGACAGCUUCCCAAGUGAUGGUCAAAGAACUGGUGAGCUUAACUGCGCAAGGCUGGACCCUAGACUCACUGGAGGAGGUUGUCCAGAAGUACGAGUUCAAUGGGUUUCCAAUCGUCUCGGAUUUCAAAAAUAACCUCCUCUUAGGCUACGUUCCUUCCAAUGAAUUACGUUUCGCACUAGCUCAAGCUAGGUUGAGACCAGAAUACGAAGGAUCGACUCGGUGCGAAUUUUUCACCUCCAGACCAGCAAGUCAAGAUCAUCAGUUGGCCAAGUCCAGAAAACAAGAGAAAUCGACAGGCUCUUCUGAUCACCAGAAGCGAGAUCGAGACCCAGUGACAGCACUUUCAAGCGCCAAAGACUCUCACUCGGAGAGUCGGUCGACAUUUGAUCAACUAUCUGGCGAGAAUAACGACGUAAGCGCGCGGUCGUCUGGACCUCCUGGAUACGGGUUUAUCGACCUCAAUAAAUGGGUCGACGAGGCACCGUUAACCUUGGAGCCGGAAACGCCAAUCGAAAUUGUCCUUCAAUUCUUCCAAAGACUCGGUUUGCGGAAUAUGUUGUUUACAUCACACGGCUCCUUAGCCGGUAUCUUAACAAUUAAGGAUCUCCAUAAAUAUAUUCGAGCGCCUUACUAUUCUUCUGUCGACCGAGCACAUAACUCGUAG